AUGAGCGAUCAGCGAGAAGGUAUUAGCUCGAACGAAAUUCAUUACGAAUACAGUGAUGCUGUUGCGAAUGAAGAUGGAUGCGAUGAUGCUUUAUCACAAGAAAUGGGGGAAUCACCAGGGGGCACGAAGAUAUGGGUCCCUAAAGUUGAUAGCAAAAUAUGUCCAAAGGUUGGUGACGUCUUUUCAUCGGUUGAGUCCGUAGAAAAAAUGUAUAGGAAAUAUGGCGAUGUUGCUGGGUUUGAUAUACGGAUGGGAACCAAAAAAUUGAACUCGUUGGGUGGAGUGCAAACCCGUUAUUUCAUUUGUAGUAAGGAGGGUAAUCCAACGAAAAAGGAAUUUGAUUCAUUAGAAGUUUCAUCGGGAGAUAGGAAAAGGCGUAAUACAAAUUUCAAACGUACCGGUUGUAAAGCUUGCCUUAAAGUACACUAUGUGAAAGAGAGUGGCCGGUACGAGGUCUAUCAUUUCAUAGAGGGUCAUAAUCAUAUGCUAUGUUGUUCGGAUGAGAAGAUGUUCACCCGUUCAAGACGGCAACUUGAUUACAAGGAUCGCAGGAAUGUUUAUCACGCAUCAAGCUCUAAAGUAGGUAUCACUCAGUCGCGCAGAAUGCAAUUGGCAAUGAACGGAGGUUUAGUAGCAUCUGGUGGGACAGCUAGGGAUCAUAUGAACUUUAGAAGAGACAUUAUGCUCUUUGUUGGUAACAAAGAUGCUCAAAUGUUAAUAAACAAGAUGAGCAAACGGCGGGAACAUUGCCCUGAAUAUUUUUUUGAAUAUAAGUGUGAUGAAAAGGAGUUGAUUGCAAUAUUUUGGGCAGAUAAAACAGCGAGAAUGAAUUACAAACAUUUUGGAGACACCAUAUCAUUCGACGCUACAUUUCGGACAAACAAGCAUGCAAUGAUUUUUGUUCCAUUUGUUGCAAUUGACAAUCACAAGAAGUCUGUUGUCGUUGGUGCAUCAUUGAUUAGAAAUGAAUCUGUCGUUAAUUUCACAUGGGUAUUGAAUGUGUUUAUGAAAGCGCACGGUUCUCAGCCACAGUUUGUAAUAACCGAUCAAUGUGCAGCAAUGAAACAAGCGAUACCUAUAGUUUUUCCAAAAUCUAUUCAUCGAUUGUGUAUGUGGCACAUAACCAAAAAAGUGAAGGAAAAGAUCCGUGAUCAUUUAGCCCAUGGAACCCCGUUCAAAAGCAAGUUCAACAAACUCGUAUGGAAUGUACACAUAAGUCGUGAAAGUUUUGAGGAUAAAUGGAAUGCGUUGAUGGAUGAGUAUGGCCUACGAGGGCACUCGUGGUUUGAAGAAAUGUAUGCAAUAAGAGAUUCUUGGAUUCCAGCAUAUUUCAAGGAAUAUCCAAUGUCUGGUCUUAUGAGAACCACUUCCAGGUCCGAAAGUAUUAAUUCAUUUUUUAAUGUUUAUACGAAGUAUUGGAAUGAUCUUGUUUAUUUUCUUAACACUUUCGACGAUGCAAUCGAAAGUCAAAGGAAAGAACACUGUUCCCUUGAGGUUGCGACUAGAACUACGAUACCAAAAUUGUUGUCACCAUCAAAAAUAGAAGCACAAGCAGCGAAAGUUUACACAAAAACAAUAUUUUUUGACGUGCAAAAGGAAAUGAACAAGGCAGUAUGGUUUUGCGGGGUUGUGGAAGUAGUAGAGGUCGGUGAUAAGAUGAUAUACAGUAAUACACAUAAGAACAAGAAUUCUGAGGUUAAAGCUACGUACAAGGUGGUUCAUGAUGUAAGGGAUGAGUCUUUUGAAUGUAGUUGCAACCAUUUUGUUCGCAAUGGUAUAUUAUGUCGCCAUGCAUUUAAGGUAAUGUUAAAUUCUGAGGUGCAAUCUAUUCCCGAGAAAUACAUUUUGCCGCGUUGGAGACGAGAGUUAGUUCCUAUUGAGUUGAUGUCGGCUCGGGUUAGGUACGGUGAAAUGGAUGUUGAGAAACAAGCUUUGAUCAACCAGGCUAUAUCAAUGUUUGAUGUUAUUAUUGGACGUGUACGUAAUGACAAGGGAGCGUUGACAGAGUUUGUGAAUCAAUUGGAACAUUUGGGUGAUGAAAUUUCGGCAGACGUUCCAAUUUUGACAGUUACAGAGCAGAAGAGAAAUGAUAUUGAAGAGCUAUUAUGUGUUACCGAACCAGAAUCGGUUGAUGUUCUACCACCAACAGGUGUACGUAAUAAAGGUUGUGGAACCGGAAARCGUCUUGUUGGUGUGUCAGAGAGGGUAUCCAUGAAUGCAAAGAAACCGAAAAGAUUGUGCAGAACUUGUGAUAAAAUGGGGUGGCAUGAUUCCCGCAAUUGUCCGAUGAAGGGCGAUAGUACGARUUAA